AACAAAACUAUUAUCUUCAUUUUUCACGGUCUUCCUUCUUUCCUAUCAACAAAUACAAAAAACAAACAAAAUCAAUUUUCUUCAAUUGUGUUUCAGUAUAUUUCCUUCAACAAAUAUAAAAGAAACAAUUUUCUCCGCUUUGCCGACCACCGCAUCACAUCGUCCUGGCCGCUGUCUCCGUCCACUGCUGUCGCCGUCCGAACUUUAACGGUGCCACAACUAUGCGUUUAGCUUUGCUCUAGAUUUUUCUUGAUUCACUUUCUGCUCAAUUAUUAGGUUUGAGGAUAUGGAUUUGGUAGCUGGUGUUAAGGACUCUUAUCACAUGGAAAAUAUACGCCAGCAGGAAAUUCAAAAGUAUGAAGAACUUAUUGAUAAACGCAUGAAACCUAAACUUCUUCAUGCUACUGCUCAGAGGGACAAGGUCUUCGAACAACAGAAAAUUUUUGCUGAUUUGCGAAGAAACAUUGAAAACCUUGAGAAGAAUAGUGUAACCAGUCUGAGAACUAUGGUCAAUAUUGGGUCAGAGGUUUACGUUCAGGCAGAAGUGCCCAACACGCAACACAUUUUUGUGGAUAUAGGUAUGGGAUUCCAUGUGGAGUUUACUUGGUCAGAAGCUUUAAACUACAUAGAAAAAAGAGAAGAAAGGAUAGCCAGGCAGAUAGAGGAGUCCACUCAAUUGAUUGCUUCAAUCAAGGCCCAAAUUAAGCUGAUUUGUGAAGGAAUUCGAAAAUUACUUGAUCUUCCAGCUGAGAAACCCUCACCACAACGGAUAUUUUGAUAUUUACGGAGUACACACCGAAUUGCUUAUGUUAGAAUUUGUCAUCACAACUGCGAAGAAAUACAAUUAUGUGGAAAAAAGAACUCGGAUUGAUUAUCAAAAUUGCAUCUCUUCUUUUAGUGUUAGUUGUCUUUCGAAUUAAUUUGUGUGCAGGUUGUUAAGUAUAUGUCAUGUCUCUUGUAGCGACUAUGCAAAAUGUGCAGAAAGAUUUAUGACCAACUGUCAACUGUGAACAGAAACAUUAAGAUUAACAAAACUUUCAAGUCCUUA